CUGUACAGUGAGCAAUAGACAUGUCUGGAAGAGGAAAGCAAGGAGGGAAGGUUCGGGCCAAGGCAAAGACCCGCUCAUCCCGGGCAGGACUCCAGUUCCCUGUCGGUCGUGUGCACAGGCUCCUCCGCAAAGGGAACUACGCCGAGAGGGUGGGCGCCGGUGCUCCGGUCUACUUGGCCGCUGUGCUGGAGUAUUUAACCGCUGAGAUCCUGGAAUUGGCCGGUAAUGCCGCCCGGGACAACAAGAAGACCCGCAUCAUCCCCCGUCACCUGCAGCUGGCCGUGCGCAAUGACGAGGAGCUGAACAAGCUACUGGGUGGGGUGACCAUCGCCCAGGGAGGUGUCCUGCCCAACAUCCAGGCCGUGCUGCUGCCCAAGAAGACCGAGAGCAGCAAAGCGGCCAAGAGCAAGUGA